AUGGCCCAACACAAAAAUAAGCUCAGGAAUUUGGCUUACAAUAUCAAAGACAAAGCCUCUGUUAUAGUCGCCACCCUCUCCAUCAAGCGCCACGUGUCCUCCGUCCGAGUCCGCGUCCUCCGCGCCACUACCCACGCUCUCACCGGCCCUCCCUCCGAGGAUCGAAUCGCCGCCGUUCUUGCCGUCGCAUCAUCCAACAACACCUCCCACCUCCUCCCCCGUGUCUGCAUCGAUGCCCUGAUGGACCGCCUCCACCGCACCGGCAGUGCCACCGUGGCACUCAAGUGUCUCUUCACCCUCCACAACGUCGUCGUCAAGGGACCCUUCACCCUCAAAGACCAGCUCGCCUAUUACCCUUCCUACGGCGGCCACAACUUCCUUAACCUCUCAACCUUCCGCGACGACUCGGACUUGGAAUCGCUCCAACUCAGUGAUUGGGUUCGUUGGUACGCCGGCGUCAUAGAACAAAGCCUAACCGUUUCAAGAAUCCUAGGCUAUUAUCUCCGAUAUUCAUCAUCUUCUUCUUCUAACACCAUCCAAGAAACAAACUCUUUGACUCUUGGAACUUCAAACGCGGAUUUACUGUACAAGAUAGAAGCUCUGGUAGCGUUCUUGGAACAGCUAGGUAAGGUUCCAGAGUCAUUGCAGCUUCAGAAGAAGGAGCUGGUUUAUGAAGUGGUGAAGCUUGUAGGGGAAGAUUACAGAAGCGUUCAGAGAGAGAUAGUGAUGAGGUUGGAGGAGAUGGAAGGUAGAAUGGAGAAUUUGGAUGUUGGUGAAGUGAGUGAGUUGGUUGGGUAUGUGAAGAGGAUGGAGGAGUGUAAGGAGAAGCUUGUGAUGCUGUUCGUUAAUAAAGGGAGGAACGGUGGCUUCUGGGAUUUGGUUAGAGAAACGAAGGAGAGAGGGUUGAAGAUCAAAGGGGAAAUUGAAGGCAAGUGGCUCACGGUGGUGGUGGCUUCCAAGACCGCCGCCGAUUCCACCCGGUUUAACACUAACCCGUUUCUUGAACCCGGUCAAACCAGUCCGGUCCCACUCACCAGUUCUGCUUUUGCAACGAUAAAUCAUAAUGUGCAGUUCAAGAUAGAGAUUUAUGUAGCAAAAUCACAAAUAUAA